GAAAAACACACUUUGGAUCUCGGGAGUUAAUUUGCUGAAAUUACCUAAUUUAGUAAGUUUCACCUGUUAUUAGGCUAUAAUUCAACCCUGCGUUGUAUUUUUUUUUUGUUUAUUUUAUUUUUAUAAAAGAACAGUAGCCUAGCCUAGCUGAAUUCCGGAGCGAUAUUUUUCUCCGAGCCAGUCAAAUAGAGGUGUUCAGAGUCAUUCAAUCAGCGAUACAGGGGAAUAAAGAAGAACGCCACCAGUUGAAUGGGCCUAAUGACCAGCAGCGCAGAGUUGAGAGUCUCAUCAGCACCAGUCUGAGCGACCAAUCACAGCGCUCCCCCACUGGCGGACCUCCGUGAGGCCAGUCGCAGUUAGGCGGUGUAACCCAUCUCGCUUGGAAAUUAUGAAGGGAACCAGCGUCAGUCGAUUCCAGAUGGAGAAAAAGUUGAUUUGGGGGAUUUUUUGGGUGACGCGUUUGUCAUUUUGAGCACCUGAAUUACUGCGUGUUCUGCGGGAUAGUUGCAUUGUAACUUGAGCUUUGAAACAAACGGAAUUUCCCGUUGUGUCUAGUUGAAUCGCCUUGUCACAUGUACUAUCAGAAAAUCUCAGAACAUCUCCUCGGGACCGACUCUCUCUCUCUCUCUCUCUCUCUCUCUCUCUCCUGCUCGCGUUUUUUCCCCCUCUGUCAGUCGUGAUAAUGGAUUAUCAAUAGUCUGAUGGAGACACUUCAAGAACGAUUGAGAUAUGCAGCACUUGUGAAAAAAAGCAUUUAAAACAGGUGGCAGAUCCAGCAACAGUUCAAGCUGUCCUGAUCCUCCUCUGCCACAAUAACAGGCUGCCAUCUGAGAAACGCUGAGAUCCAGUGCGCAGGCUCUACAAGCGCUGUUCUCCAGCAUCAAACCCCAGAGCAACGCACAGCAGACACUCUGGCCGACACAUUACAGGUUUGUCAACUUGCAAACCCAAAGACAAUUCUGGAAAUCAAGCAGAACAUAAAGAAACGACAGAAAAACACUCUGGGAACAUUAGUCAGUGGGAGAACUGCUGCCUUUGUGUCUUGUUUUUUACUCAGCUGAACUCACCUGGGAAGGUCAGAGGAGCAUGUAACUGAAACAAGUGGAGCCCUCGGUGAUUUCAGCAUUCUGUCUCCCCCAUCUGUGCCUACAUUCUCCGCCACAGAUAGGGACGUUUCUGAUAAUUACAUGUAAUUAUAAUUUCUGUGGGAGACAGAUCUGCCUCUGUCUAUUAUUGCCAACACCUCCAACACAAUAACUUCACACAUUUACAUAUUUCUCAACAAAAGUGAUAUUCUUUGAACCUCAGAGACAAAUCAGGAAUAAUUUUACUUAGAUAGACAUGUCACAUGGAGACGCAAUGUGCCAUUCAGUUCAUAUCUAAUUAUUAGUGAUAGGGUUGAAUGACACGGGUAACUUUUUGUGCCUAAAACCUGAAAAGAAAGCAUUUAAAUAUCUGUGACACUGCAGUGUCUUUCACAGGCUGGGAGUCGUUUCCUCGGUUUAUGCUUACUCCUAAUUUUUAGCUGUUACAGUCUUCUAGCACUUAAGCUGAGCCUCCCUCAUUAACACCCCUCAGCCCAGUCACAGUAACAGUCCGUGCCAGCCAGGCGAAUACGGAUGCGCAUUAAUCCAACCAUAGAAAAGAUUGAGAUCAAGGACAGUGGCUCUAUAGAUGUGAUGAGUUCAUGCCUAACGAGUUAAAAUGGAGCUACAUCCCCACUCCAGAGAAAGCUGGCAUCAUUAAUAAACAGUUGUCAUCAGUGGUGCAGUCUGUUAACCCCAUUUGAUUGUUUACAAUGUUGAUAAACACAAAAUAUGUGAAAAGAAACAUAAAUGUCAUGCUAAUUUCCAGAAAAGAAUUGCUUACAGUUUAAACAAGUGCCAAUUUUGAAUGUAUGUUAUGUCAUAAACUAAAAUAGUAGGCUAUAAAACAGAUUAAACAGUUUACAUUUGAUACAUCACUGGCCAUAGACCAUAACGUUGAAGUGCCGAGCUCAGCACAGGAAUGUAUAGGACUGCAGUAUUUUAUUGAAAAUCCAUGCUACUCAUUUUUACUGGCCUUUGUGUGUACACAAAUUAAUUCCUUCCAGCGGCAUGUCAGAUAUUUGUUCUUUUGUUAAGUGGGAAGUGUAGAACAAGGCAUUAAGAACUAAAAGCAUGAAGAUUGCUAUUUUCAGUUUGUCCUUUUUACAAAGCUGCAUCCAUUGUAGGGUUCUACUUAAGAGGGCAAAAGAUGAAGUCAUCACACAUUCAGAGUUCCUUUCUAGCAGUAAAUUAAAACCCCUUUAAUACCAUUAUUGAAAAGUAUUGAAACCUAUUAACAGUUUUUAAUAGUGUUAGACCUUUUCAUUUGUAUUGCUCCCGACCUUUUCUUAUAUUACACCACAGAACUACUCAGCUUCUGACAAAACUAAAAAUUGGGUUUCAGAUUUCAUCCUCCAACGUGACUGAAUAGAAUUACAGAUACAUCAUCAAUAUCCAAUAGGUCAUACAUGUUACUUGAAUAUUUCACAUGGCAUUUUAAUAGGUUAAACUGCAGAAGCGGAUACAGUGUUGCAAUUGCAUUGACUCAACAACAGAAAAUAGAUCUCUUAGUCAUGUAAAAAUGACGCCCACCAUCAAUCUCAGAGUCCUCGCUGUCUACCUGCUCUCCCUCCUUACUGCCCCACUCACCGCUGUUGUGGAGACCUCUCCGUCCCCCCCUCCUCAGCAAACAGAGCGCUCAGUAAAGCCUUUGAAUGAGCAGCCCAAGCCUGGCCCCAGCCCCCCUGUCCUGCUCCUUGCCAUGCAGGCCAAUAUCAGGCCAGCUGCUCUCCAAGGCAGGACCAAAAAUCCUGAGAAACUUCCAGAAACCUCAGAGGGAGUUCUGGAGGCUCCUCCGAGAGCCCUUCCCCAGGUCAUGAUUCCCAAGAAUGUGACGUCAUCAGAAGCCCUUGCAUCUCCCUUGGCCGCCGCCCAGGUAGCGCCCAUUCGACCCCGCAUGAUAGACAUAUGGAUUGAUGUAUGUCGGGGUUACUAUGACGUAAUGGGACAUUUUGACAGCGCUUUCAACUGCUCCAAGGACACCUUCAUCUUUUGCUGUGGAACCUGCCACUACCGUUUCUGCUGCCCAGAGCGUAGCCGGCAACUGGAGCAGGACAGCUGUAAAAACUAUUACUCUCCAGACUGGGCCAAGCCACAGACAGACGCCAUGAUAUUACCAGAGGAAUUAGGUAAUGACCCAGACUUUGAUCCACUGAAGCAGCAGAGCCACAACACGGGCUUCGUCAUUGGGGGCGUGAUUGUGUUCAUGGUGGCUGUCGCUGUGGGCAUUAAGGUAGUCUUCAACAAGGUGCAACAAGAAGCCAACCAAAGGGACCUCAACAUGCCCAGAGCCCUGGUUGACAUGUUGCGGCACCAGUCAAGCCCAGUCCAGCAGGAUGAGAGAAACAACAGCGUGGCUCUGGCUGUAGGGGAUGGACAGGGGACACUUGGGAGACCUCCAAAAAAUCUUUAUGCCCCAGGACUGCCCAGCAAGGACAACAGAUUGGGCAAUUUGCAACACAAUUUCAUCCACUCUUCAGGCACCAGCCCCAAACACACCGCAACUAUUGAACGCACUCCUCGAAUGAACAAUGCUCAGCUGGCAGCUGGAGGCACCCUGCUUUCCAGUAAACACAACAACACCAAAUCCCAGCCUGCCUUUCACCACUCCCUGCACAACCUGGCUCAGCUGCCGCCCUCCUAUGAGAGUGCCACCAAGCCCGAGCUCAACAGAUACUCCUCACUCAAACGCCUCGAGAAAGGUCUCGAUGAGUACUCCUCUGGUUACUGCACCACCAAGCGCCGUCCUCACACGGCCCAGCCGGCCCUCCAGUCCUCUCAGCACCACCUCCACUGGGGUGGAGACUACACCCUCAGUGGCAGAGGAACUCUCCCCAGGCAUGCAGUUCGUCCUUGGAUCCCGCCGCCGCCUUCUGGCAUGCCUGCCUCACCCACCCCAAAUCCUUACCCUCUGGAUCCCCCGGAGCCCCAGUACAACCCCAAUUACGACACUCUCUCCAAGCCAAGGAAAGUCAAAUCCACUGACCAGCUGCUCAACAUGGGUGACGUCCCUGGCAACACGGGGACACUUUCUAGGUUGUCCAAGAACCAGCAACACCAGUACUACAAAGCCAUGGCUGCCUCCAAUAAGAACUCCAACACGCAGACCCUCACCAGGAAGACCCAGGACAGGCAAGAAAGGCAGGACAGGCAGGAGAGACAGGACAGGCAAGACAGACAGGAACGGCUGCUCAUGUCCCCGGAUCAUUUGGAGGAAAGGAUGGGGGUCGGCGGGAUGGGGGUUGUAGAUCCAUACGCCCACACCGGAGGGGGUGUCCCCACGCUGCCUCGCCAGCAGAAGGCCCAGUCCCAGCAGAACGUCUGCGCCACGCCCUCCCUCGACCGACACCACAUGAUCAAGAUGAACUCUCACCCCACUUCCGGACGAGAGCAGGAGAGGAGCACGGCCAUGACAGGGCACAUGAGCGGGGGCAUGGGCUGGGCAGGGGAAGCUCCUGGGGCGGGGGUAGUCAUGGGAACGGGAACACUAGGGGGCCACAGCGCUAGGAGGAUGGCUUUUGCAGCGAAAAGGCAGAACACCAUUGAGCAGCUACAUUUCAUACCGGGAGGGGGCGGUGGGGGGUCAACAGGAAGUGCAGGAGGGAGUCAGGGGAUCAGGACGGGGAGCAAAAAUGAGGUGACAGUGUGAGGCUUGUGCCCGAGUUUACCCCUCAUCAAAGGUAUGGGAUUAGAUCACUCUUCUGCAUAUAACUAUUAGAUAUACAAGUUUAGAUAUACAACUACAAUAAAUACAACUAGAAGCAUAAAGUAUAGUAACAGUAUAAUGUGUUUAGGCUAUUGAAAUUAGUGUAAUCUUGUAUUAAAAUAGCUUAACUAUGAUUGCUUAAUUAAAAAAAUCUAGGUAGGGAAUACUUGUUCCAAUUAUGUGAUAGCCUACAUCAGCCAUAUUUUGUAACACAAUUUGCCAUAUUGCCAUAUACAGCGGUGCCAUUACUUGUAGAAAGAGUGACUGGAAGGGGGGAAAAUAAAACCAACAGAAGUGUUGUUCAUAAUUUUGUUUUUAUAUAUGUUUUUCAAAAAGUACUCAGGAGCCAUAUUAGAUAGGGAAUAAAACAAUACAUAUAUAUACAUAUACAUAAGGGUCAAGAAAGAGGAAGACCAUGUGGAAUAUUGUAUCACAGAAUUUAAUAGAGAAUUGAGCCAACUACCUGCUGGACUGUCAACCUGCUCAGCUCUCGUCAACAAUGAUGUAUUAAAAUGAACCCCAUGGGCGAGAAGCCCGGUGGACCAGAUGAGUGUGAAUGAAACGUGUGCCUGGUGAGGGAUUUUGGAGAUCUGACACUCAACCUCAUACUGACACAGGGAGACAGAACUGUUUUUUGUUGCUUCCGAUACAAAUGAGCGGACAAGGUGGAGGCUGUUUCUGACUGGGACACAGCACCCUGACACUGUUGGGAGGACUCCUGCACCCGAUUUAAACCUCGGACGUACCCACAUCACCAAUCUGACGCCUGGGUUGCCUAGUUUUCCAUGUGACCUUAGAUCAAAUCCCCAGAGCAACUCUCUCUCUGCUCACUGUUACACUACAAGAGUGUAAAUGGAUGUUAUAUUACGUUAUGUUCCCAUCGAUAGAUCAGGAACUAACUGUAAAAACAAUGGGCUACCAAAUAAUAUAGAGCCAUCUGUCACGUUAUUACAAAAAUAUCUUGACACAAACAUAGACUAGUGAAGAGACACAUGUGUUCAGUUUACCAAUUAGAAGGCAACUUGCUUGAAUGCAGGCUGUGAAAGAAGAGCAAAGAUUUUUCUACAGAGCACAAAUUAAUAGGCCGUGACGCAGAGGUUGCACUUACACAACUGUCCUUCAAAGCCAUUCAUGGAGAUACAAAGAGUAUACCACAGAGGAAGCUGGUCUGACAAUCACCAUUUUAUUAUUCUCACCAGAUGAAAAGUUAUACAAGUCAGUGAUAUUUUGUACAGUCAAAGAAUUGGCUUCAGAGCAAGCCAAAACAACAUCUCUGAGUCAGGGGAGAGGGCGACCUGAGGCCUUCUCCUGCGUGGCGCCAAAUGCCGUAAGAGACUCGGAUGUUUAGGAAGCCCUCCCCAUCCUCAAGACCAAGAUCUUGCUGUAUCAUAACGCACUUAAGCCAGUAUGAGUAUAAAAAAGAUUUUAAAAAAAAAAUACAAAAAAACAGAAAAGAUUAAAAAAAAUCUUCAUCAAUAACGCUUAUCAAUACUAAGGGCUAUCCUAUCCUAUAUACUGUAGUAUGUGAUAUCUGUGGUCCAUAUAAAAUACUAUCUCUUUCUCUUGAUUUUGUGUUGAUAUUGUCAUGAUGUAUUAAGUAUUAACGUGUACAAAAAACAAGAGCAAUUUAAGCACAGUUCAAAGAGAAACACAGCGACAAAAACACUUUGCACAAAUCUUUCCCCCGAUAUUUGCACCAGAUACAAACUUACUUUGUAUCGUGUCCUCAAGGUUUACAUUCUGUACAAGCACGGCUGACAGUGUGACAAUGGAGGGUAUUGUAUUGAGAGAAGAUUUUUUUUUAUCAGAGAUAAUUACGCGGAUCAGAAAAGGAACUUGUUUGUUUUUGUUCAGUCAUGUGAAAGGACACAGAGAUGAAAUACUGAUAAACAGAAACACACACAAUUCAUUUGAACAAUCUUCCUAUACACAGUGCUAAAUGUAGUUGUUCUGAAUAUGAUGGAGUGUUAUUAUUAAUAAUUAUUAUAACUGUUAUGGUUAUUAUUAAAAAUUAUCUUAUGAUGUGAUGUUCUUUUACUUGGUGGGAUUUAAGUGUUUAUUGUUUUUAGAUAACUAGCAUUCUACUGACUAGUUGUUGUUUUUUUCAUACAUCUGGUCAUAAAUUCAAGUUUUUAAAACAUUCCAAAUCUUGAUGCAUGCCAGCUCCAUUUCAUUGAGAGGCAGUUACAGUAUGCCUGGAUUUUAAGGUCAUCGAUGCCUAUAUGGCCGAUUGUCCAGCUGUAUGUACUGUGCCUAGACAUCGGCCUUAUGACUUCUUGAUCUCAAGUGAUUACUUAGGUUUCCACUUGAGUACAAAAAUAUCUAUUGAAAAAAUCUGCAGCCUUCUUAACGUAUGUCUAGACGACAGGGUUGUGAAGGAUAGAUGUUUUUGGGAUGGGCCAGAAGUUAUUAACCAGACUGGAGGCGGUCUGUUGUCUCCACUGCAGCAGCCUGGCCCAAUAAUAUUAUGGGUUGUACACACUAAACCCAUGAUGCCAUAAUGUAUUUGUGUUUCGGAUGAAUGUUUAUUACACAAGAUGGGGGAAAAACAAAGGUUUAAUGGAAAGCAGAAUGCUUUGAGUGUCUUUUUCAGGGAAAUAGGGCAGGUGACAUACAGUAGUAUUAGAUUUUUUUAAUAGAGCCACAAAAGGUCUGUAGCAAAGUCUGUAAUAUCUCACAAGCCAUAUCCAUCAAAACUCAUCAUCACAAUUUUAUAAAUGGUUAAUCUAAUUUGUGCAAGUAUUGUAUUUUGUAUAGCUAGUACAAUCAGAAUAUUUUGAGUGAUCUCGUCGACAUUAAUUUGAGGAUUCAACAAAUUAUGUGUUAGUAUUUAAUGAAUUGUACAGUGCCAAACUCAUAACAUUUUGUUGUCUUUCUAUUGUCAUAGCCUCCUACAAAACUACAGGGGUUCUUUAUUUUAUUACAACUGAGAAUAAACACACAGGCAAGUGAGC